AUGACGCGCCCUCACAUUGUCCGCGCGGACACCAUCGACCUCCAAAGCGCCGACACCCCUUCCGCCGCCGAACACCACAAGCCCCUGCUCCAAGGCGGCCUUGCGCCGCACCAGCGCGCAGAGGUACACCAUGUCAUGGAGGAGCGGACGUCGGAAGAGCAUGCGCUGGCGGAUGCGUGGAGGAUGGCCGACGACCUCACCGAGGAGCCGGGCAUGAUUGAUGAGGCGCAACACCAGCACAACCUUGCCGGAGAGCCGCACAUCAAUGGCGUCCGACACGGCGAAGAGGAGGAAGGCGGUGGAUUAGAGGGAGACGCAGACGAUGACAUGCUCGACCGAGUGUCGAGUUCUCCGAGUAUAGACGAUGGUGGGUACCCGCUUCCCCGUUCUUCCCCUGUCCCGCGCGCGCGAGUGAUGAUCUGGCCGGAGCGAAAGUCCAGUCUGUCUCCUUCGCCGCGCAAACGCCCUACCCCUACUUCCCCUUCCCCGUCGGAUUUGACCAAAUCCGGCUCCUCUUCCCCAGCCUCCUCGCCAUAUCAGCAUACGCCGCAGCAUCUACCAUUGCACGCGCGUACGACUGGCCACCCAUCUUCUGCUCUGUCAAACGAAAUCAGCCCCGAUUUCAGUUGGCACGAAGACAGUGGGGAGGUGACGCCAAGCGAGAGGCGGGAAGAGGAUGCUUCCUUUGUGUCCGAACAUCAUCAGCAGUCGGGUAGGUAUGGGAGGACAGCGGAUUCGGAACGAUUGCCGCGCAUUCACCUGGACCUCUACACAGACGAAGGCUUCUACGACAACGAAGACGACGAGGAUGAACACGCCGAUAAUUCCGAGUCUUCUGCUCCGUCAUUCACGAGACUCGACGACCCGCCGUGCACAAAUUCACAUUUCAUUCACGACCGCGAUCUUGGCAUGAUUUUACUGGAAACCCCGCGCGGCAACGCAUUCUCUAACAACUCCUCCGACCAUCUGGCACUGGAUCUGCAACCAUCUCCCAGUCUCAACAGCAUGGCAAGCUGGGAUUUGCAAAGCGUCUUGCUUCCCGUCGAUGACCCUCUUCUGGACCGAGCCUCCUCUCCAAACGGCUCAUCCUCGUCAUGGGAGAGCAUCCCGAUUUCCGAAGAGCACCCUGCUGGCGAUAAGGAAGCCGGCAACGACGCUGAUGAUGCUGAUGACACUGAUGCCCUCUUCCUUGACUUAGACGAGCGUUUCAUUGACUCUGGUUGGGGUGGCGAAUGCUUACGAGAGACAGAAAACAUUGACUUCGAAUUCGUCUACGCCUUUCAUACUUUUGUUGCGACGGUGGAAGGACAAGCCAACGCCACCAAAGGCGACACCAUGGUAUUGCUGGACGACAGCAAUAGCUACUGGUGGCUUGUCCGAGUGGUCAAGGACGGGAGUAUUGGAUAUCUGCCCGCCGAACAUAUCGAGACACCGACCGAGCGAUUAGCGCGCCUGAACAAACAUCGGAACAUUGACCUGUCCGCGACGAUGCUUGGCGAUCAGUCAGAAAAGACGCGCAAUCCGUUGAAGAAGCUGAGAAGACGAAACAUGAAGACGGUGCAGUUCGCAGCUCCCACCUACGUGGAGGCUUCUGACUACGAGUACGACGACGAUGAAGAAGAGGAAGAGGGAGCGGGCGAGACUCUUGCGGAUGGAGCGGCGGUCGACAAAGCAGAGCAAAAUGGCGAGCGGGAUGCGGACGUUGCAGCAGGUGAGCAGAAUGCAGCGCAGGAGGAAGCGCCCCGAGCAUCCACGCCAACCCGAGGCUCUUUCGACCGUGAACAAGCCGCAACACUAUCCUCACCGCAAGACGAGCCACAAGUCAGCCCCAAGCUGGUCGACAAAACCGAAGCCGCGCCUUUGAAGUCACGGAAAACCCGAAAUACCGACUCGUUCCUCAAAGACGAUUCUAUGGAAACGCGGAAGAUCACAUUGACGCCCGGGAUAUUACGAGACGAGCAGGGCAAAGGCCUUUCUGCCGCGAGCUCGCGGAACGACAGUAUGGAGAGUUUGGUGAAGUCGAUCUCGCCGUCCGACUCGCUCGGCAAGAAGGACAGCAAGAAGGAGAAGGACAAGAAGAAGGAGGGCAAGUUUAGGGGCUUCUUCAAGAGUAAGAAGAAGGACAAGAAGGCUGGCUUGGAGGUCGAGGCCGCCGAGGAGAACCAUUCGGCGGAGUACUCGGGAGAAUCGGGGUUGACGAGCCCGGUCGAGACGCCGGCCCAGGAUCUAAUUGCAGCCGCCACAUCCCCCGUAGACACUCGAUCUCAAGCAGAUGUCACUUCGCGAUCACUCUCGCCUGUGACUGCUCCUGCUGCUGAAGAAGCAGACCAGCCGCCACCGGCAGAGGCGAAUGUUGCGGAGUUGGAGGGCUCCGGCGCUGCUACAGGGCUUGCGACUGUUGGCCUUGCCCCGCUCAACACCGCUCUGGCGACACAGGACAAGACGAAGGAGAGUGCGUUAUCUCCCAUCACCAAUAUCCUGAAGCGGGACGACAGCAAAUCCGCCAAGCCUGCAAAGGCAAAACGCUCCAAGGAACGCGUGAUGUUGGACGAUUUCGACUCGCCCGAGCACGAUGAUGGGCCGGACUACUUCGACGGCCCCGAGGCACGCCAUGUGGAAGACGACGAGGACGAAGAGGAUCGAUUGUCGGAAGACCCGAUAGAAAUCACCUCGAGCAGCCUACACGGUACUGAAUCGGUUCAUGUCCCCACACCUGGUACAUAUGAAGAGCGUGAAUUGGACGAAGACGACGAGGAUGAAGACGAAGGAGAGGUAGUAGAUGAGCCGGAGAGCAUGACCAGCUCGCCCAGCUUGAUCGAACACCCCGCCGAACCCCUCGAGACACCCAGCGAACCCACCACCCAAGACGACAGCGACUCUACUCCGCGCGGACCGCGCUCCCCGAAUCCGACCGCAGCAGCCGCUACUACCACUCCAUCCAUCCACAACCUCUCUACCACCGACAACAGCACUACACCCUGGUCGCGCAGCCCCGUCACCGACCGCGGCGCCUCCCCCGCCACCAGCAUCUCGCAGCAGUCGUGGAGCGACACCUCGCUCCGCAGCUGGCUCGAAGACGGCAGCGAAGUCAAGGACAUGCUCGUCCUCAUCCAUGAUAAGUCCGGCGUGGUGCCCGUCGGCGACGACCACCCGCUCAUGGCGGGCUUGUUCACGGAGCAAAAGAAGGGCGUGCAGGACAUGAUGACGCAGCUGGACGGGCUGCUGGGGAGCUAUCUGCAGCGCAAGGGCAUUGACUUUGGCUGA